AUGGACAAGGGGAACGCCACCGCGGGGUUCAUUCUCCUAGGACUCUUUAACCACACCAGAGCCCACCUGGUCCUCUUCGUGCUGGUUCUGGCCGUGGCCCUCAACUCCGUGGCAGGCAAUGGCCUCCUGCUUCUCCUCAUCCACCAGGACCGCCGGCUUCACGCACCCAUGUACGCUCUCCUGAGCCAGCUCUCCCUCAUGGACCUGAUGCAGGUCUUCACCAUAGUGCCGCAAAUGGCAGCUGCCUAUUUAAUGGGCAAGAAGUCCAUCUCCGUUGCUGGCUGUGGCUUCCAGAUCUUUUUCCUUCUGACACUGGGUGGUGGCGAGUGCUUCCUCCUGGCGGCCAUGUCCUAUGACCGCUAUGUGGCCAUCUGCCACCCACUGCGCUAUCCAGUUCUCAUGAGCUGGCGUUUGUGCUUGAGACUGACCUUGGCGUCUUGGCUCCUGGGAGCAGCUGACGGAGCCAUGCAGGCUGCUGCCACCCUGAGCUUCCGGUUCUGCCGCCGGAAUGAGAUCGACCACUUCUUCUGUGAGGCCCCUGUGCUGUUGCGCCUGGCUUGUGGUAACACAGCUGCCUUUGAGAUUUUCAUGUACGUCUGCUGUGUGUUGAUGCUUCUGGUGCCCCUCUGCCUCAUCCUGGUGUCGUACGGUCUCAUCUUGGCUGCUGUCCUGCGCAUGCGGUCCACAGAGGCCCGCAAGAAGGCCUUUGCCACCUGCUCCUCGCACUUGGCCGUAGUGGGCCUCUUCUACGGAGCUGCCAUUUUCAUCUACAUGAGGCCCACAUCGUCCAGGUCAGCUACCCACGAUAAGGUCGUAUCGGCCUUUUAUACUAUUGUCACCCCCAUGCUGAACCCCCUCAUUUACAGUCUUCGGAACAACGAGGUCAAGGGCAGCCUGAGGAAGUACGUGGCUUGUUGUGCUGUCCGAACUAGUAAAGAUGCUUUGGUUUGCUUGGACCUUUGUACAAACAGGAAAGGUAUACAGUAA